UAUACAUACUUAUUUGCCCGGAUAAUCUGAUCUGGUCGACGUUCGUCUCUGACGGCUUUUUGUUGCUCGAGAUAUCCAUUUGCAACGGGAUAUCACAAUGUCUGGAGGUGUUUUACAAAAAGCGAUUGAUUUAGCUCAGAGAGCGACAGACGCCGAUAGAGAACAGAAUUUUGAAGAAGCAAGACGUCUCUAUGAGAGCGCCGUAGAACAUUUCCUUCAUGCCAUGAAAUAUGAGACACCCAAUGCUAAGUCAAAGGAAAGUAUCAAGCAAAGGUGUGAAGGUUAUCUAGAGCGAGCAGAACAAUUGAAGGAUUAUCUGAAGAAGAAAAGCGCAAGGGGCACUAAACCAGUAAAAGCCGGGGGAGAGUCCAAGAGCAGUGGUGGUGGUGGCAAGGGUGGGAAGGAUAGUGAGUCGAGUGAUGAGGAUGAUGCAGAGAAGAAGAAACUGAAAGAGCAAAUUUCUGGCGCUAUCAUUGUGGAGACUCCAAACGUGAAGUGGGACGAUGUAGCCGGGCUGCACGGUGCCAAGGAGGCUCUGAAAGAGGCCGUCAUCUUGCCGAUGAAAUUUCCACACAUGUUCACCGGGAAGAGAACUCCAUGGCGAGGAAUCCUUCUCUAUGGACCACCCGGAACGGGCAAGUCGUAUCUUGCUAAGGCCGUAGCAACAGAGGCCAAUAACUCCACCUUUCUGUCUGUCUCGUCGUCCGAUCUAAUAUCCAAAUGGCUCGGAGAGAGUGAAAAGCUUGUCAAAGAGCUUUUCGAGUUGGCACGUCAGAGGAGACCCGCCAUCAUAUUCAUUGAUGAGGUAGACUCGUUAUUCGGCGCUCGUAGUGAUAAAGACAGCGAGUCGGCUCGCCGUGUAAAAACAGAAUUUUUGGUUCAGAUGCAAGGUGUGGGUAGUGACAACGAUAAGAUUCUUGUUUUAGGUGCAACAAACAUUCCGUGGUCUCUAGAUGCUGCAAUUCGAAGAAGGUUCGAGCGGCGUAUCUAUAUUCCUCUCCCUGAGUCCGAUGCUCGCACAAAAGUUUUCCAGUUAAACCUCGGCAACACACCCCACAGUCUAACACAACAGGACUUCAUCAAACUCGGCCAAAUGACUGAUGGCUACUCAGGCGCCGACGUCAGUGUUGUUGUGCGAGACGCACUCAUGGAGCCGGUACGCAUGGUACAGCAAGCAACCCAUUUCAAACGGGUAAGUGCACCAUCCAGAGACGAUUCAUCAGUAAUUCUCCACGACUUACUCACACCAUGCUCCCCAGGUGAUCCUCAAGCCUUUGAAAUGACAUGGAUGGACGUACCAUCAGAUAAACUACUAGAGCCCAUUGUGGGCAUGAGAGAUAUGAUGAAAGCACUGGAGCACACGCGGCCAACAGUGAACCAGGCGGAUCUUGAGAAACUAGAAGACUUCACGAAAGACUUUGGGCUUGAGGGAUAGUUGAAUAGAAGACGUAUGGGUAUUGCUACUUACUAGAAUGUUGAUAGGAAUAGAGUGGUUGUGUACUAUGUUGGUUUUUGGGAUUGAUGUAUUGAGGCGUGUACAGUAUGAUUACUGUAGGGUUGAUAGAUGAUUAAAUUAUAAAAUAGGAAAUAUUUUAGGUACUGUAUGGGAAUAUGGUUGUAAGUAUGUGCAUUCACACACAUCGUAUGUGCACGCGUGCGCGCACAC